CUCUCUCUCGGUCUCUUUCUCUCUCUCUACCCCAAUCAUGGUGGCGAUUAUGCGAUGAGAGAGAAACACGGAAACGCCACCGCUGCUACCACCACCGUCGCCGCCGCCGCCGCCGCCAGCGUUAACAUAGAAAUAAUACCACAACCAAUAUCGCAUGCACCUCUUGGAUAAUAAUGAAUGGAGAGAAACAGAUUAUUCUUUCUGAAACUGUGCAUUCUGAUCGUAACCACCACCGAUAUCCUCCUCCACCAUCAUCAUCAUGUACUCGCCGGAGACGAAGCCACAAUCAUGGCGAAUCUCGCUAAAUCUCUCACCCCGACCCCGGCCGGGUGGACCGGAAACGACGCGUGUAAAUGGCCCGGCGUGAAUUGCAACGGAUUAGGGAAUGUCAGAUCGAUCAAUCUGUCUUCCAUGGCCGUCGCCGGGAGAUUACCGCCGGAUCUCAACGGCCUCUCGAAUCUCAAAUUCCUGAGCCUCCAGAAGAACAGACUCUCCGGUCCGAUUCCUUCGUUUUCGAAUCUCAAUUCCCUGGAGGAUUUAAACCUAGACGAUAACAAAUUCACCUCCGUUUCCCCCAAUUUCCUCUCCGGCCUCACCAGCGUAAAAACGAUCAACAUUAACGACAUUCCGACUCUUUCGCCCUGGAAAUUCCCGACCGAGAUCACGGAAUCUCCGUCCCUGGUUAGCUUCUCCUGCAGCAGAUGUAAUCUCCACGGCGAAAUUCCAGACCUAUUCGGACCAAUUUCCGGUUUGCGGAUUCUAAGGCUUUCGUAUAAUAACCUCACCGGAACCCUACCGCCUUCCCUGGAAAAAUCCGGACUCCAGGAGCUAGCGCUCAACAAUCAGCUCCUAGGUCUUUCCGGCGGGAUCGAAGUGAUCGGGAAAAUGGAACAUUUGACGGCGGUGCGCCUCCAUGUGAACCGAUUUACCGGCCCGAUUCCAGAUCUUUCUAGGUGUCAUUUCCUGUCUGAGGUUAUUCUCCGGGAUAAUCUUCUCACCGGAGUCAUCCCUGACUCAUUCACUUCUCUCUCUAAGCUCAGCGUUGUCUCCUUGCAGAACAACAAGUUUCAGGGCCCUAUGCCUAGCUUUCAAAAGGGCGUUCAGGUGACCCUUGGAACCACGAACAAUUUCUGUGUUCCGGCGACGGUCGCCGGAACUUGUUCCGUGCAGGUGAAUAUUUUGCUGGAAGUGGCUAAGGAUUUGGAAUAUCCGAUGGUUCUGGCGGAUUCCUGGAAGGGGAAUGAUCCGUGUAAGGACGAUUGGAAUUUCGUUGCCUGUGAUGCAAACGGCGACGUUUCGGUCAUCAACCUCUCUAACCAUAAUUGGACCGGGUCAAUUUCGCCGGCCAUCGGUAACCUAACCGAACUCAAGGAGUUAAUCUUGCAUGAUAACAAACUCACCGGCUCCAUUCCCGAUAACCUAGCCAAAUUGCCCAGCCUGCACCUUGUUGAUAUCUCUAAUAACAAUAUUUCCGGUAAGAUCCCGGACUUUCCCCCAAAUGUUAUCCUGAAAAUAGAAGGGAAUCUCUGGAUCGGAAAAGAAUUGCCAGAUCCUGACGCGGAAACGGCGGGGAAGGAAAACACCGGACUCUCCCCCAAAGUGAUCGUCGCGAUCACCCUCGUCGCGGUCAUCCAAUUCAUCGCGCUUUUCUUCAUAAUCUACAGGCGCUGCAAAAAGAUGAAAAGCCGGAAAUACAAGUGGUUGAAGGGGAAAUCCGGGAGCGGCAAGGAGAAAUCCGAUGGGCCGCCGAUAAACGUGAGCCCUUACGGCGCAAUCAAGAGUGAAUCCAGCGGCCAUGGCAGCAGCGAGAUUCCUCUCUACGACGGCGGCCAUGUCCUCAUCCCAAUCGAAAUCCUCCGAGAAUCCACCGACAAUUUCAGCGACACCAACAUCCUGGGAAGAGGAGGCUUCGGAAUCGUCUACAGAGGCCAACUCUACGACGGCACUCGAAUCGCCGUCAAGAGAAUGGAAGCCAGUCUCCUCACCUCCAAAGGAACCCUAGAAUUCAAAGCCGAAAUCGAAGUUCUCACCAAAGUUCGCCACCGCCACCUCGUCGCCCUCCACGGCUACUGCGUCAACGGCAACGAGCGGCUUUUGGUGUUCGAGUACAUGCCGCAAGGGACGCUGGGGCAACAUUUGUUCCACCUCGACGGCUUCCCUCCGCUCACAUGGAAGCAAAGAGUCACCAUUGCCCUCGACGUCGCCCGGGGCGUCGAGUAUCUCCAUAGCUUGGCUCAGCAAAGCUUCAUUCAUCGCGACCUCAAGCCUUCCAACAUUCUUCUUGAUGAUGGCAUGAGGGCUAAGGUUUCAGAUUUCGGCUUGGUUAAGAAUGCUCCAGAUGGUGAAACAUCCUUGGAGACUAAGUUAGCUGGAACUUUCGGUUAUCUUGCACCCGAGUAUGCUGCGACAGGGAGAGUGACUACAAAAGUGGACGUGUACUCAUUCGGAGUUGUGUUAAUGGAGAUGAUCACGGGCAGAAAAGCGCUGGACGAGAGCCUCCCGGAGGAGAGCGUCCACCUGGUGCCCUGGUUCCGGCGCCUCCUAGCAAACAGGGAAAAGCUCCGGAGCAUCCUGGACCCGUGGCUCGACCCGAACGACGAGACCUUCGAGAGCAUCUGCCGCGUGGCAGACCUAGCGGGAUACUGCACGGCCCGCGAACCCGGGCAGCGCCCCGACAUGAACCACGCCGUUAACUUCCUGUCCCCGCUGGUGGAGCAGUGGAUCCCUGUGAACACGGACGAGGAAGAUGAGAACGACGACGACUUCCAAAUGAGCUUGCCCCAAGCCCUGCAACGAUGGAAAGCCCACGAAGACAGCACGGUGGUUAGCGAGGAUGAGCUGUACGACCAAAGCUACGUUUACGACGACGACGACAGCUGUACAAUGGAGAGAUUGCCGUCGAAGGUUUCCGUUUACAAAGAUUCCGGGAUCAGAUAAGGAAAAUACUACUGGAACUCCCAAGUUAUACUCCCUACUUUUAAAAUGAUGCUGACACUUUCCUUCAAUUCCUUGGGACCCACAUGAUGAAGAUAACCUGGGAGUAAAAGUGAUGGAGUAGAAAAUGAGAGUCCAUGUAGUAGAACUCAUAAGAUAAUCCAUAAUUGGAGACACGUACUACUACGUACUGUAAAUUUUCUAAUGUAAAAGCAACGUAUAGUAACAUGCAUGCAUGCAGAAAGAAGCUAAGCAACGUAGCGUACGUUGAAAUUAUUGUUAUCGAGAAAUGCAUAUUAUGAUGAUGAUGGAUCGAAUUCUGCAUGCGUCAAUCUGUAUGUAAAAAUGAUGGUGGUUGAGGUUUUCUUCUGGUUUCUUCGUUAA